AUGGUUCAUGGCGGGUAUGGUGGUGGUAGUUUCUCAUUUAAUUUUUAUUCAACGGAUAUUGCUUGUGGAGAUGGGAGUGGAGGUGGUCAAACCGCUGUCAAAUUUUUCGAAAAUGAUCUCUGGCAUCGCGUGAUUGUGAGCGGUGGUGGAGGUGGUUCUGAUAACUUUAAUCCUAAUAAUAACGACUAUAUGAGAGAUGAUGAUGGAUCUGGUGGAUCUGGAGGCGGGCAAACAGCACAAGGUUUUUGGAUUAAUGGCAAGUAUAUAUCACGAUAUUUAGCAAAUACCACUUCAGGAUUUACAUUUGGUUCAGGCGAAUCUGCACAAGAAUUUGGAUCAAAAAGCGAUUUUGGAGUCAAGGAAUAUGAAGGUGGCACUGACAGACCAGGUGCAGGAAGUGGAUGGUUUGGAGGAUUUGCAAGUCAUAAUGGAAAUGGAGGUUCAGGAGGAGGAAGUUCGUGGGUUUUGUCAGAAGAUGCAGAUAUCCCAGAUGGAAAUAUUGCAGCGAAAGGACCUUUCUUCAACAUAACAGAUGAACGUCCAUACUUCUUCAGAAAAACGGAUGGAUAUCUUUUCUAUGACAUUGUUAACAUCCCAGGUGUUUGGGAAGGCAACGGUAAACUUGUCAUUACUAUAUUAGACAAACUAUCUCUUCCUUCUUGUUUCUCUGUUUGUUAUCUACAUUUCUCAUAUCAUCUUUUAUUUGCUCUUUUCACUAAUUCUCCAAUAAAAUAA